GGGUGUCCCUGUGUCCCAGCCCUGCCCUCCCUGCAGGCGGAAGCUGGACCUGUUUGCCAACGUGGUGCACGUGAAGAGCCUGCCCGGGUACCAGACCCGGCACAACAACCUGGACCUGGUGAUCAUCCGCGAGCAGACCGAGGGCGAGUACAGCUCCCUGGAGCACGAGAGUGUGAAGGGGGUGAUCGAGUGCCUGAAGAUCAUCACCCGCGCCAAGUCCCAGCGCAUCGCCAAGUUCGCCUUCGACUACGCCACCAAGAAGGGCCGGGCCAAGGUCACAGCCGUGCACAAGGCCAACAUCAUGAAGCUGGGGGACGGGCUGUUCCUGCAGUGCUGUAAGGAGGUGGCAGAGCUGUACCCCAAGAUCAAAUUCGAGACCAUGAUCAUCGACAACUGCUGCAUGCAGCUGGUGCAGAACCCGUACCAGUUCGACGUGCUGGUGAUGCCCAACCUGUACGGGAACAUCGUGGACAACCUGGCGGCGGGGCUGGUGGGCGGCGCGGGCGUCGUGCCCGGGGAGAGCUACAGCGCCGAGUACGCCGUGUUCGAGCUGGGUGCCCGGCACCCCUUCGCCCAGGCCGUGGGCAGGAACAUCGCCAACCCCACGGCCAUGCUGCUGUCGGCCUCCAACAUGCUGCGGCACCUCAACCUGGAACACCACUCCAACGUGAUCUCGGACGCGGUGAAGAAGGUGAUCAAAGGCGGCAAAGUGCGCACGGCGGACAUGGGGGGCUACUCCACCUCCCUGGAUUUCACCCAGGCCGUGAUAGCUGCCCUGGAGUGAUAGCUGCCCUGGAGGGGUAGUGCCCGGGGUGGUGCCCUCCCGGCUCCUGCCCUGCCCACCUGGUAAAUCACUCCUUCCCUCCAAUAAAGUGGCCUCAGGCGUGA